AGCGAGGGAGCGAGGGUAAGGAGAGAAUAGUGGCAGUAAAUUUGUUUGUGGCGGAUUCUGAUCUCAUGGAUCGUACGCAGUAGCCGGAGGAGGGGAGCCCUGGAGCAGCAGCAGCAGCAGCAGCUGGACGACGACGAGGCAAGCCAGCUUGGAUUCGUUACGUGUGCGAGUCACGCUCAAAUCCCUUUGUCCGCCUUUUGCCUCUCUCACACCUGGGGCCGAGGCAAGCAGAUCAGAUCACACUCUGAGCCGAGCAGCUCAGAAUAGCCCGGGCCUGCUUUUCUUUCGCUCUAUCUUUGUAGUUCUUGAGCGUUCGCGAGCCUUCUUCUUCUUCUUCUUCCGCAUCUUCUGCGCUCCAUCCGGAGUCCCAGGAGAGCAGUGCGUUCGUUCGUUCGCCUUCCUCCGUUCGAGUUCUCAAUAGAUCAGGCGCCGGGACUAGUCCACUCUGCCACCACCACUUGUGAUCACCGCAGCAUCAGCGAGCAGCGCAUCAGUAGCAGCAGCGAGUGGGGAGUGAGUGAGUGAGUGAGUGAGUGUGUGCGUUUGACCUCGAGCUAAACGCAUUUUUGAUUCUACUGCUCACAUCCCGCCCCAGCCCGCCUCAGCCCACCCGUCUCACCUGAUCCCUUCGUCCCGUCCUGCGCUCCUCGUCCGCCUUGAUACACGCAUUUGAUUCUCCACCCGUGCUACCACACACUUUCGCCAGCCGCGAGUUCCGUCGUGUUUUCUGUACAGCCCCGCGCGCCCCUUGCAGAGAUCCAAAGGGGCAUUCUGGCCCGUGCAAGAGCGCUCUGUGCUGUGCUGUGCUGUGCUGUGCUGUGCGCGUCAUACUUCGAGCAUUCGUGCGCCCUCGCCCUGCGCCUUUCUUUUCGUUUUCUGGUCGGAUAUUGCCCCACGGGGGUUGACAAUUUGCCUUCCCGGAACAUUCACCAGCCCCACCGAGAGAGAUCCUUGCGCAGUUGACUUUGCGCUCAGAUAAGCCGUGUGCACAGGGCCCGGGAAUUCAGUCCCCCACUGCCACUACUUAUGGACCGUGAUUGAUAGCAGAGUCGGGUUGUCUCCCAACUCGUUCGUUGCAGGAAGCAGGAGCGUGUUCCCAAGCUAUGGAAGCUUGUUUGAAAGAACUAGAAAGUUUGCUGAGGACGACGGUGGUUUGCGGAGCGCAUCUUUUCCAGGGGUGCGACAUCUAGUGGUUUAGUCCGUCUUCAGAUCGCGCGCAGGCAGCUCCCCUGCAUGCAUGGGCGUUUCGAAGGCGUAGCAGGACAGCAGGAAGUUUCAAGCGUAGCAGCAGACCAGCAGCGCGCAAUGGUGAGGAGAAGCGUAGAGGACGCUAGUUCCGAUUGCAGCGUGUUGACCAGUAGCAAUUCGGUGGACACCGUAGAGAGCCACUGCGCCCCAGCUGAGAUCCAUGUCUUGGCUGUGGACGACAACAACCUCGAUCGUAGAUUGAUCGAGAUGCUUCUGAAGACGUCAUCAUUCAAAGUAACGACGGUGAAUAGCGCUGUGAAAGCUUUGGAAGUUUUGGGUCUGGUGAAGGGCACAUCUGCUAGCAACUCGAAGGGUUUUGAAGUGGAUCUCAUCAUCACAGACUACUGCAUGCCGGAGAUGACUGGCUACGAGCUUCUGAAGAGAGUGAAGCAAGAAAGUUCUUCCCUGAAGGAAGUUCCAGUCGUGAUAAUGUCAUCGGAGAACGUCCCGUACCGCAUCAACAGAUGCCUGGCAGAAGGAGCCGAAGAAUUUCUGAUAAAGCCCGUGCAACUAGCGGACGUGAAGCGGUUAAGGGGUCACGUGAGACAAUCCAUGUCGUUGUCGGCAUCGUCGAGUGAUAGCUCAGGAUCAUCUCCCUACUCUAUGAAGAGGAAGGUUACGGCCACGAAAGGCUUGCAAGUGCAACAAAGUCGGAAGAGUCUGCAGGUGCAGAGCCUCGAGAGACGGCCCCGUUUAAAUCGACAGCUCGAGGAGAGGGCGGAGGAUGGGAUCACUUGACAGGACAGGACAGGAAGGAUAUCUGCAAUCAUUUCUGCUUGGAACUCUACAUUGCACUCUCAGUGUCUAAGUGAUGGAUGGAUGGAUGGAGUCAGCUUGCUCUGCGCGUCUUCUCUGCAAGUGUACAUUAUUGUCCGUUUGAGCGGCAGUGAAGGCUUCCCCAAGGUCAUUCACCCACAGCUAAGCUACAUUACGUACGACGGCUGUUCCAACAGUUCACUACAUCACCACCACCAUCAUCAACAACAACCAUUCUGCUCUCGUGCGCAGGCACGAGCAGUCAUAGCCCCUCAGUCAGCCAUCGCGUAAAUUGUAAUUUUUUACGGCUUUCUAGUGCACACACACGCUGUGCAGUCGCAGGGAUCUUUUGAUAAACGUUCGAGGGUUCUGUGUACUUCCAUUUCCGAGCGCUCCAUAUUGGCCGCUCGGAAACAUCGGGUCUCAUGAAUCAAGAGUUGACGUACUUUUCGUUCCUAAAAAUAUUUACUCCCUAGACAGCGUCUGCGUCUGCAUGGUGGAUUAUUAUUGGAUGUGUGCUCGAAAGGCAUAUUUGGUGUUGAUCCCGAUCGAGUACUAUUGCUGUAACUUUGAGACAUAAUUUUCUGUACCAGUAAAGAAUAAGGUUGCG